AUGACUAGAAAGGGAAAACAAAAUUCCGCUUCUAAUCGUGGUGGUAAUGCACGUAAUAAUGCAAGUGGAAGUGGAAGUAGAGGUGGUAACGGUAACCGUGCAAGAGGAGCGAACUCAAGUCAUAGAGGACGCGUAGGACGUGAUCGUGGUAAUAAUAAUAAUGAUCGUCGCCGCGAUGAUGUUCAAAGAACAACACCAACACCACUUAGUGUUCCGGAAAUAAAGCAAGCGCAACAAGAAACGUCUAUGGCAAAUUUUAGUUCUUCCGAAUUAUCAUAUAAUGGUAGCGAUCGAAUAAUUUCAAUUACUAACGGUGAGAUAAUUAGAACCAUAUGGAAAAAAAUUUUACGAAAAGAAAAUGAUUGGGAACAAAGGGAUGCUAGAAUUUUCAUUAGUUCUGCGCUAGUAGCGACGGAUCAUCAAUCGGGUUAUGAGGUUGAAGAAUUCGUGACCGAUUUAGGUAAUCCUGAAAGAGGCCUUAACAGGUUAAGGGAUAUUAUAAACUUUCCCUCAAUGUCAUGUGAUGCGGGACUUAAUCCCAGGAUUUACUCAUUUCAACAUGUUAUCUUACCUUUAUUGGGAUUGCUGACCAGAACUGCUAUUACCGAAUGUAUUUUGGAAAAAUACGUUCAUGCCAUCUAUAUGGUUGUAUACAAUAGUCUGGAUUCUUUCCUUGUUAAUAAUGUAAUGAAAAUGUUGGAUACGUUGGUUCAACGUAAUUCUUUUGCAGAUUAUCAAGUUAGCGCGGACGAAUUAUUGAAAAGGGAACGAUAUGCAUUUAUUCCAUCUUCUCUAGGAAUAUUUUUCUUGGUAAUAGUACGACUUCUCACAGAGAUCUUACGUCGUAUCAAAGAAGCAUCUAUCAAUGAAACAAUGCACAAAAUUGCUGACGAUUUACAAAAAUUAAAGACUCAAUAUCAAAAUUCCAUUCAACAACAACCAUUUUCUACCGAUUCAACGGACCCGUUAGUCAAAAGUUUGGAAUCUAGGAAGUAUUUCUUCGUGAUAUUAGAAAAGGAAAUGAAUAAUAUGUACAAAUUGUUAAAUAACGGACGUAUUAGAUUAAUUGAUGGACAAGAUCCAAAUAAGAAAGGAUUGGUUUCAAGAUUGACUUCAAUAAAUCAUUAUAAAGAUUUAUCCAGAAAAGUGGAUGCGGAAAGACUUUACGAUCCUCCCGGUGAAUUAUCAAGCUCUGGUAAAAGACAUGAUAAUGAUUUCGAAGAAAUUUCGAAAAUCUCGGUAAUUCCUACAAAAGAAGAAAUAUUAUGCGAGAGGAUGCCUUUUUUACCUUUUACUAUUCAUGAUGCUCCCCAUUUUUUACCUGAUGGAAUGGCUAAACUACUUGAUAUACAAUUUCGUUUGUUAAGAGAAGACAUGUUAAACCCUAUUCGUGGAAGUAUAUCGAGUUUAAUGGCUUUAUUAGCACAGAAUUUGAACUCCUCUUCUAACAACAACAAAUUUUCCAAAGAAUUAAAGAAAUUACAACAUGAGUAUGCAGAUUUACAAGUAUAUACUGACAUCAAAUUGGUAGAUGUUUCCUGUGAUAGAAGAAAAGGAUUUGCUUGUACUAUAAGAUUUACCCCUCCAAGAAUGCGCGGUGCAAAAACUGAAAGAAAUAGGAGAGAAUAUUGGGAACGAAGUAAAAAAUUAUUAAAUGGUAGUUUAAUUACUUUAUUGUUACCUAACCAAUAUGCAAAACAGCAGACUAAUGAUAAUACAAGUGAAAGCAUUUCUACCAAUAGCACUAAAAUGUAUUCACCUUAUUUUGGAGUGGUGGUAUCAAGAAAUGAAAAGGCUUUAGCUAAAAAUCCUAAUUAUGCUGAUAUUGAUAUUAAUUUUACUGAUCUAUCAAUUUAUCCUAUUGCGUUAAAUGAAAUGUCAAAUUCUGCAAAAGUCUCUACAGAAAAUAGAUUUAUGGUUGAAUCAACUGGAGUGUACUUAGAAGCAUACUAUCAUGUACUUAAAACUAUUCAAACUACAAAUCCUUCUUCCCUUCCCUUUGAAAAGUAUCUUACACCUAAUUUUGAUGAUAUUAAUGAUGGGAAAGGGAAAGGUAAUAAUACUGCUAUAGAUGUUGAAGUUGAACCUCCACUAUAUACUAGAGCACCUAGAUUUGAAUUCGAUUUAUCAGUUAUAUGUAAAGAUAAAAAUCAAGAUUUGAAAUUAAAUGUUGCCGAUAAAGACAAAUAUGAUGAAAUAGCAAAUAAAAUUAAUGAACGUUGCAAAUUAGAUUUGACUCAAGCGGAAGCAUUAAUCUCUGCUUUAACACGUGAAAUUGCUUUAAUUGAAGGACCACCUGGUACCGGAAAAACUGUCGUUGGUAUCGAGAUAAUGAAAGUAUUGUUGGCCAAAGAAAACCGAAAAAUAAAAAUAGGUCCUAUUCUCACCAUUUGUUUUACUAAUCAUGCUCUUGACCAAUUCUUGGAGCAUUUGCUCGAUGCAAAUAUAACGAAUAUAGUCAGGUUAGGAUCUCGAACAAAAUCCGAUAAGAUCAAAGAAUUUUGUCUUGAAGAAGUAUGCAGAAACCGCGCCCGUAACAGAACAGAAUCACGUUUAAUAGCACAAUUACAUGAAUCUUUAGAAAAUAUUGAGGAUAAAGUUAAUAGAAUCAAAAGUACUUUAUUCAAAAAAGGGUUGAAAUGGGGCGAUAUACGAGAAUAUAUGAUGCUCGAAGAAAGAAAAUUCUAUGAUGUUUUUUGUAAAGUAAAGGAUAGUGACUUACCUAGUUGGGUUUUCAAUACUGAAGAAGGUUUUAUGAGUGAUUUUAAAUCUGCUAGAAAAAACCAGAAGAAAUUACAUUUAUUUGAUAGAUGGUCAAAAGGAGAAGAUAUUGAAAUAAUUAGAAGAACACAGAAAGCGUUAUUAAAUCCACCACCGAAAAAUAAGAAAAAUAAAAAAGAUCCAAACAAGAAUACAUAUGAUGCAUUAAAGAUUGAAGAUGAAAGUGAAGAAGAAACCUUUAGUGACGAUAACAAAUCACAAACCGAUUAUGAAACUUUACAAUGGAUAAAAGAUUAUGUAGAACCAAAAACAUUCCGCCCCUUAGAAGCAUUAUUAAGUUCCUCUUCAGUUUGGCAAAUGUCAAGAGUAGAAAGAAGAAUAUUGACUGAUUAUUGGUGUACCAAAAUUCGAGGAGAACUUAUAGAAGAAUUAUCAAGUUUACAAAAAAGUCAUGAUGAUAAACGUCAGGAAAUGAAUGAAAUUUAUGACGAAGGCCGUCGUCGAAUAUUAUUAGCUAGUGAUGUUAUUGGUAUGACCACAAAUGGCGCAGCCAAAUUUCAAGCUUUAAUUAGGUCUAUUGGUCCCAGAAUUAUUGUUUGUGAAGAGGCUGGAGAAGUACUUGAGGCUCAUAUUCUUAGCGCACUCACCCCUUCAACGCAACAUAUAAUACUGAUUGGAGAUCCACAUCAACUUCGACCGAAUAUUGCUACCUAUUCUCUUAAUAUGGAUUCAACCUUGGGAAAAAAUUAUCAAUUGAAUAAAUCAUUAUUUGAAAGAUUAGUCGAAGGUGAUAAUUCAGCCAAAAUUGGCAAAGUUCAACUAUUAACUCAGAGGCGAAUGAGAAAAGAAAUUUCUGAUUUAGUUAGACGUACUCUUUAUCCAAAGUUAAUCGAUGGUGAAAAUACUGCCAAAUAUCCAAAUGUACGUGGUGCUCAAUAUAAUGUAUAUUUUAUUAAUCAUAGACACCCAGAAGACUCUGGCGGUGAUUUUGCAAUGCAAUCUCAUGUGAAUAAAUACGAGGUGGAAAUGGUAGUGGAAAUGGUAAAAUAUUUCAUUCGGAAUGGAUAUACUAAAUCCGAAGAUAUAGCGGUGCUUACUCCAUAUUUGGGGCAAAUGAUUAAAAUCAGAGAUGCUUUAUCUAAAUCAUUUGUUGUAGUCAUUGAUGAGAGAGACGCACAAAAACUUGAAGAAAUAGAAGAAAAAGAAGAUGGAUAUGAUGAAAAUGACAAUAGGGAAGGAAAAGAUAAUACUAUUGGAAGCAUAAGUGUUGCUUCAAAAAAAUCAUUGCAACAGCAGAUAACUUUAAGAACUGUUGACAAUUUCCAAGGUGAAGAAGCAACCAUAGUUAUUAUUUCGUUAGUUCGCAAUUACUCCGGAUCUGGUAAACGUGAUACUAUUGGAUUCCUAAGAAGUAAAAAUAGGAGCAAUGUUCUAUUGUCACGUGCAAGACAAGGAAUGUAUCUCCUUGGUAAUUCUGAAUUAAUGGCGUCGGAAUCUAAAGAUAUGUGGGCUCCUGUGAUUAAAAUAUUAGAUGAGCGAAAUCAAAUUGGUGACGGUAUGCCAAUCGUAUGUAAUCAACAUCCUGAUUACAAGCACGUGAUUGAUGAAGCCGAACAGUUUAUACAAGUUAGUCCAGAUGGUGGAUGUUAUGAGCCAUGUAGAUCGUCUCUUCUUUGUGGACACACGUGUAUUUAUAAGUGUCAUUCGGAUAAUGCUGAUCACAUUGGAAUUAAAUGCCCUAAGAAUUGUACAAGAUUAUAUCAACCAUGUGCUCAUCCAUGUCCAAAACUUUGUUUUGAAGAUUGUGGAAAAUGUGAAUUUUCUAUAGGGGACAUUAUAUUGCCUAAAUGUGGUCACAUAUUAGUAAAUGCAAAAUGUUGGCAAAAUCAAGAAAAAGACACCUUCCAAUGUUUAACUAUGGUCGAAAAGCAAUUAAUUUAUUGUGAGCAUUCAAAAGUAGUUCAUUGUUUUGAGUCCAUUGAUAAUGCUAUUUGUUAUAAAAAAUGUGGAAAUAUGUUGGGAUGUAAUCAUGAAUGCUUAACGGAAUGUUACAGAUGUCAAAAACUUUCAAAACCAAAAGAUGAAACACAAAAUGAAUCAAAUGAAGAAACAAAUAAAAUCAUCCGAGAAACUCAUGGAGAAUGCGAACCACAAAACGAAACAAAUGAAGAAACAAAUAAAAUCACCCGAACGAUCCAUGGAAAAUGUAAACAUAUUUGUAAAAGAUUAUUAUUUUGUGGACAUAUAUGUAAUCAAUAUUGUCAUGAAGGGAAAGUGUGCCCACCAUGUAAUAACAAGUGUACUGUAUCAUGCAUGCAUGCAUCAUGUUCUUUUGGUUGUUUAGAACCUUGCGCCGUAUGUGCAGAGAAAUGCUUAUGGGAAUGUGAGCAUCAAGGAAGAUGUGAAUUAAGUUGUGGAGCUCCUUGUCAUAGAUUACCUUGUAAUGAAAGGUGUAAUAAACAAUUGAAAUGUGGACAUUUAUGUGCUGGAGUUUGUGGAGAAUAUUGUCCUCCAGAAUACUUUUGCAUUAUUUGUGCUCAUGAAAAUGUUAGAAGUCAAGUGCCAGACGUAAUUAUGAAUGCUACAUUUAAUGAGAUAGAUUGGGAUGAGGAAAGGAUGAUUGUCCUUUCUUGUGGUCACGUAUUUACAAUGGAAACCAUGGAUAUGCACAUGGAAAUGGACAAAUACUAUGAAGGUUCAGUUGAAGAGGGAUGGAAAUCAAUCAAAUCCCUUUCCUCAGCUUCAUUAACAGAUGCAAAAACAUGCCCAACAUGUCGAACACCAAUUAAAUAUAUUAGGAGAUAUGGAAGAAUUAUUAAUAAAUGCGUCUUAGACACACAAAACAAAAAAUUCCUAACAAAAUAUGAUAGCGAAUUACAAGAAAUCACCAAACAAAUGAUAUUAAUUGAGCAACAAAUUAAAAAUAAGAGAAUUAAAUUAAAAAAUAGUUUAAACAAAAUACCUCAUUAUGAUCCAAGACCUAGAGAUGUCGUAUUUAAAGAAAUUAACGCUAUAAAUUAUGAACUACCUGAAAUUAUUCCUUGUGAAUAUUUCGAAAAUAUUGAAACUUACCAUGGAUUUGACAAUAAAUGUAAUCGAGUUUGGCUUGCUCAUGUUGCAAGAUUGUUAAAACAUUAUAGGAUAUUAACCACAAUUCUUUGUGCCACAAAAAUACCACCUCAUAAAAAGGCUUUUGAAGCCGCUGUCUCUAGUUUAGAAGAAGCUGAAAGAGAUUUAAUUUCUCAACUAUCAAAUCUUAACAUUUCGGAUGACCUUACAAAUGUUUAUACUCCUCAUGAAUCAAAUUCUUCACCUGGCAAAGUUUUACAAGAAACAUUUUCUCAAAUAGGAAUUUCAAUACCACAAGUAGAUCAUAGAAUUUAUUUAGAUGCACUUUUUGAAUUGAUCAAUAUACAAAAAAUUCUAUUCCACGAAGUUUCAUUUAUAAUUCAAGAAGUUUCUAAAUUAUUAAACGUUACAAACCAAGAACAUGUAAACAUUAAUGAAGUUUGGAAAAAAUUUGCCGAAAGGUUACAACUUUCUAUUAAAAAACAUCUAAAUGUUAUUAAGGAAGUAGCAGAAUCUACUCAUUAUGGUAGACAUUUACUUUUAACCAAUGUAGAAAUAUUAGAAUUGGAUCUUAAAAUAAUUCAAUAUCAAUUCAGAUAUCCACCUAAUGGAAGUAGUAUUGUUGAUAAAACGCUUCGAGAUAAUAUUAUAGAAAACUGUAAAAAAAUUGUGGGAGGUGUUUCGAAUAUACUUACAAGUGAAGGAUACAAAGUUGCUGAAGAAACAUUUAAAAAAGGAAUUCAUGAGAGAUUAAACAACUUAUUGAAAAGCUGCAAUGACGUAAAAACUUGUGCUGAGAAUCUGGGAAAACCUUUAAGCGAUGAAGAAACGUUAGAAAUUCAUCGUGCAAUGAAGACCGAAUUUAAACGAUCAGGACAUUGGUUUGAAUGCCCAAACGGUCACCCGUAUACUAUUGGGGAAUGUAGUGGAGCGAUGGAGAUGAGUAGAUGUCCAGAUUGUAAUGUAGCCAUUGGUGGAGGAAGCCAUCAAUUAACUACCGGAAAUAGAGUAAAUGAAUAUUUUGGUAAAUUGUAA